AGAAACUGUGUCAGAUAUCACACAUGUUCUGAGAAUGUUCCAGUCCAUUAUGGGAUUUACAGACGGUACAAAAACAUUUGUUAUGGAUAACUGCCAAGCAGAAAUUUCUUCUGUGAAGGUUGUUUUCCCGAGCUGCCGAAUUAUUCUGUGUUCAUUUCAUGUGCUUAGAGCAUUCGGUCGGAAGUUCCGUAAUCCAGACCUACGUUAUGCACUUGGAAAACUGGUUACGACUCGUAUUAGACCAAAGUAAGUUCUGUAUAAAGCAGAAAAAUGGUUCCUGAUCCAAUUCAAAGGCAACUGGACAAAUUGACACCGUAUGCAGCUGCAGUUGUCAACAGGAGUUACGAACGUAUUCGCAAACUACGUCAUGAAUUAGACCACUUGGUUGAUACCUCCGCUGGAGUGUGUACCUGUCACCACUUCCAUGACUACCGUCUCCCUUGUUCACAUGUCCUGUACGCCUACUACAAGGGAUUGUUCACUGGAGAUAUAUUGCAAUACAGCCGCAGGUGGUGCAGAGAAUACAACCUAAAUAUUUCCAUGAAGACAAUGCAGCGAGUUAAUAUUACAGCUGAAAUUCAUAAACCUUCCUCACGCUAAGAAAAUACCUACAAGCAGUAGAAAUCCAUUAAUUAAUGCGUCUGAAGCUUAUGUAUUUACUCCCAACAAUGACAUUGCAGAUCAAAUGAGAUAAACAUAUCAAAAUAACACAUCAAUGAACUAUAAUUCAAGGAUUCUGCACACAACGAAGUUAUGUAUGAAAAUUGACUUCAAGCUUUAUUUUUUUUCCCAGGCACUUAUAAUCCAUCCACCAAAGACCUGGCUUUUUGUUAAUGCGAAGACAAUACUUCUGUAUUUCCUGAUGUGUUGCACUCACUGACAAUCUAGCAGAUUUUUCCAACUGUGCACAGAAAUGAUUGUAUAUAAGUGAAAAGGCUGUUUUAUACUACUGGGAUUAACAUUUAUCAAGUGUAUGUAUAAUCUCCAGCGAACAUGUAAGGCAUAUCUUGAUACUGCCUGUAAAUUGUGAUUGAAUUAUAU